CAUACUAUAAACAUGGAAAUUGAGCAUCAUCAUUAAUAGGAGGAAGAGAGUGGUGAAGAGAUGGCAACUGCUCAGGAAGCUCAGGUUUCUCAAACAAAAUUGCUGCUUCCAAAAAACUAUGAAGCCAUUCUUGAAGAUGCAGACUCACAGAUUGACAAGUCCUCUUCAGACAGGCUGUAUGAACAACUCUACUCUGGAAUUUUCUUAAACCAAAAGAAAAAGAAGUUUUGGGUUGACAAGUUGACCCAGAAGGUCUUCUUUGUGCUGUUUGCAAAAAAUCUCUCAUACCCUAAAGGAAACUGGAUUCUGCAGCCCAUUUUAACCGGCUGUCCCGGGCUUGAGGACUUUAAGCUACAAGAAUCACACAGAUUCGGGAUAGAGGAGGCUAUUCUGCAAGAAUCAGAAAGUUUUGAGGUGAAAGGGAGAUUCAACACAUGCAAUCUCACCCCUCAAACUUUUUACAAAGUUUCAUUUAUAAUAAGGAUGGAAAAGAAUGCUCAUGGAUGGGAAGAUCCUGUGAACCUGAGACUCGUCCAUCCGGAUGGAAGAGAGGAAGAACGCAAAGAGAAGUUGAAGGGAAAGCCGGAAAAUAAAUGGAUGGAGAUUUUAGUUGGUACGUUUACCACGUUUAUCGAUGCGGGGGAGAUCGAGUUUUCUAUGUAUGAAUUUGGUAAGCGGAAGAAGAAAGGACUCGCCAUUUUUGCAGCCUUCAUCCAGCCAUUGCCAUUCCGCAACAACUAAUUAAGCUUGAGGAUGAUAAAGCUAUUUGAGGUUGAUUUGCAGAACUAUAUUUCUAGAUAAAUAAUAAAUAAUGGACGCUGCAUGCAUCAGCUUCUCACAAUAGGACUGAAAAUACGUAUAAUAAUGUGAGGGUUACAUAUGUGAUAAAAAUAAGCAGCAAUAAAGUCACAAUUUAUGCUUUGAAUCAAACUGCGACAGUAACACAUUUGCUUUGCUAGUUCAUCUCUUUGAGGUUAAU